AUGUUUGGAAGGAACAAUAUCGGAAAAUUAUUGACGAAAUUGCCAACACAUACCAAACUAACACUCUCAAUUAUCGGCGUGGCCUUCCUAUCGCACUGUGUUGGCAAACAAUCAGUAAACCGCAGCAAAGAAACCAACUUCAAACGCAAUUUAAAUGAAUUGAAUGGAAACAGCAUUAAUUUUAAGUGUUUUUACACAGCAAAACAGUACCACGAAGAAUGUAAUGAUAUAAAUAGGUAUAGAGGACUCAAAUAUAUAAAUAAUAUCUGUAACGACCUGGAAAAUAAACUCAAUAAGUGCAAAAAUGACCUGUACGGCGAAAUAAGUGAUGAAAGGUCAUUUUCAAUGGAUCCACUAAUCGCAGUAAGACAUAGACCAAAAUGGCUCCAAGAUGUGUAA